UGCUUUUGUUAUCUCACAGUUUCAGAUUCUUGGUGGGUUUUAGAUAAAUUGGGUGUGGCAAUAAAAAAUUGAACUUUGGAAUAGGAAAAAUAGGAUAUCCAAAAAUUCCAACUUUAUUCAAGAAGAAGAAUCUCUAUUUGUCCAAAUCGAAAAUCUCCUUUCUGUGUUUUCUCUUCAUCUCCAGCAAUCUAUAAUACUUUCGACGCGAUUUUCGAGUCGUCGGAUAUAAGGAGAGAAGAGAGAGAUGGAGAUCGACAAGGCGAUCGGAGAAAGCGAUGAUAAGAGGUUGAGGACCAAGUACAAUAACGCCAUCUUCGUCAUCAAGAGAGCUCUUGCUCUUUACUCUAUUGAAGAGGUCGCCUUUAGUUUCAAUGGAGGAAAAGAUUCGACUGUGUUAUUGCACCUUCUUAGAGCUGGCUAUUUUUUGCAUAAGAAAGAGCUGAGUUGUUCUAAUGGAGGUCUAUCAAAAUUUCCAGUCCGGACCAUAUACUUCGAGAGCCCUUCUGCGUUUACUGAAAUCAAUGCAUUCACAUAUGAUGCAGCUCAAACUUACAAUCUGCAGCUUGAUAUCAUUCGCCAGGAUUUCAAAUCCGGGUUGGAGGCAUUGUUGAAGGCUAACCCUAUCAGAGCUAUUUUUCUUGGUGUCCGAAUUGGUGAUCCUACUGCGGUUGGUCAAGAGCAGUUCUCUCCUAGUUCCCCUGGUUGGCCGCCCUUUAUGAGGGUGAAUCCUAUAUUGGAUUGGUCAUAUAGAGAUGUUUGGGCAUUUCUCCUAACUUGCAAGGUCAAGUAUUGCAGUCUUUAUGACCAGGGAUAUACAUCAAUUGGGAGUAUUCAUGAUACUGUUCCCAAUGCAUUAUUGUCUGUUAACAACGCCAGCAAUAAAGAGAAAUUCAAACCUGCUUAUUUGCUCUCUGAUGGGAGGUUAGAGAGGGCAGGGAGAGUCAAGAAAGUUGCUUCAAUCAAGAAUGACAUAAAUAGUGAUUCACAAAAACACGAGGUGCUUUUGGCCUCAGUUAUUGCUGUUGGCGAUGAGAUUCUGUCUGGCACUGUUGAAGAUCAGUUAGGACUCUCUCUGUGUAAAAAGCUGACCUCUGUUGGUUGGUCGGUGCAACAAACUUCUGUUCUUCGGAAUGAUAUAGAUUCUGUAUCCGAGGAAGUUGACCGCCAAAGGUCUACCAGUGAUAUGGUAUUUAUUUACGGAGGAGUUGGUCCUUUGCAUUCAGAUGUUACUUUGGCUGGUGUUGCUAAGGCAUUUGGGGUUCGCCUGGCACCUGAUGAAGAGUUUGAGGAAUACCUUAGGCAUCUUAUCAGCGAGCAGUGUACAGGUGACAGGAAUGAGAUGGCUCAGUUACCAGAAGGAAUCACAGAACUGCUACAUCAUGAAAAGCUUUCGGUGCCAUUGAUCAAGUGCCGCAAUGUGAUUGUUCUUGCUGCUACAAACACUGAGGAGCUUGAGAAGGAGUGGGAAUGUCUGACCGAGCUAACUAAAUUGGGUGGAAGUUCAUCACUCAUAGAGCUAUAUGCGUCAAGGCGCCUGAUGACAUCUUUGACAGAUGUUGAGGUUGCAGAACCUCUGUCCAAACUUGGUCUUGAAUUCCCAGACAUAUAUCUUGGGUGUUACCGAAAAUCCAGACAAGGUCCUAUAAUUAUCUGUUUGAAGGGAAAGGAUAAUGCACGCGUUGACUCAGCUGUACAGGCACUAUGCAAGAAGUUCAAGCAAAGUGUGUUCGUAGAAAUCAAAUAGACACAAGUUUAGUUACCGGUCGAGCCUGAGAGAGGCGGCUUCAGUGGCCAACUUGAGUAGCUUCUAUGUACCGGUCACAGACACAGAGGAAGUAACCGGAGGGAAUAGGUUCAAAGCCUUUGAAAUAAAUGUCGUAUCAACUUUUUAAGUAAUGGAAUUUGUAGGAAACUAGCCCAAAAGGGUUUUGCUUUUUAUAUAUCUUGUCAUAAACUUGAUUUUAAGGCACUUGAUUCAGAAACUUGACCCUA